AUACGGUAACGGGACGGCUGUGAGAAGCGAAGCUCGUCCCACACUUUUUGCAUUGAAGAUCUGCUUCGGAAACGACUGCACCUACCAGCUACACUCCACUCUUUUAUACCACUCGACUAAUCAUCACCAUGGGAGCUUCACAGUCAAAGGGCGACAACCAGCCGAUGGUCUUUGUUAACGAGGAGAACCCGAUCCCUGUCAGGGUCUCGAGUGCCUUCGUGAACCAGCUCCAGCAAUCUCAGCCCACCGCGGGAUCAUCCCAGGACAUCGAGGCCCAAGUCCGCCAACGCGUGCAGGCGGAAUUAGCUCGGAUCCAGGCCGAGAAGUCUACGUCCGCUGACACGACCCACGUUGGAUACAAAUCCUCGACUAACGCGAACGCGGUCGUGACAGAGCAAGAGAUGGAAACCCUGGGCAAGAAGCAAGGAGCGCACACGAAACAGAUCAAGGUCUUGCCGGAGGAGAUCACAAAGGCCCAGGAGGCCCUCGUUCAGUGUUAUAAGAAGAAUCAGGAGAGAUCGUUGGAUUGCUGGGCUGAGGUUCAGGAGUUCAAGGAUCUGGUUCAGAAGGCGCAGAAUGCCUUUAUUGCAACUGCCUAAGGAAGAAGAGAGGGAGGGAUUGAUGUUCGCAUGUUUGCAUAGCUGGAGCAGAAUUAGAAAAAAACAAAAUAAAAACGAAGACCGCAAUUGUCAUGGUAUAUAAGGCUUCAAUAAACGCAAA